AUGCCUUCUGAGAGCGGUCACAGACUAUACGUGAAGGGACGUCACCUGAGCUAUCAGCGCUCACUUCAUGCUACUCACCCCGGCACCAGCCUGAUCAAGAUCGAGGGCGUUGACGACACUUCUGCUGCCAACUUCUAUUUGGGCAAGAAAAUCGCUUAUGUCUACCGGGGCCAGAAGGAAGUUCGCGGAUCCAAGAUUCGCGUCAUUUGGGGCAAAGUUACCCGGCCACACGGCAACUCUGGCGUUGUCCGCGCCAAGUUUACUUCUCCCCUUCCUACGAAGUCGUUCGGUGCCUCUGUUCGCGUGAUGCUGUACCCCUCCUCGAUAUAA